CCCACCGCGUCAGGCAGCUCGCUACUGCUAUAAAGCCGCGCUCCCUAGGUCUCAGACAACUUACUCAACCCCCGCAUCGCAUCAUGAGCUCUACUACGCGCGACGUCUCGCACUUGUCCGACAUCUCCAAGAGCAUCUCUGAGCCAGACGGCUCGUUCAACCGCAAGCCCUCCGUGUUCAGGAACUUCGUGGAAAAGGGCGGCGCGUUCGCGCCCGAGAAGGGCCGGUACCACCUCUAUGUGUCCUACGCAUGCCCCUGGGCGACGCGCACGCUCAUCGUGCGCAAGAUCAAGGGCCUCGAGGAGUUCAUAGACGUUAGCGUCGUCUCGCCGCGCAUGGGCGCGCACGGCUGGCCGUUUGCGAACGUCGACGCGUUCCCCGGCGCCGACGCGGACCCCCUCUUCGGCGCGGAGCACGUCAAAGAUUUGUACAUGCGCGUGAACCCCGACUACGAGGGCCGCUUCACGGUUCCUAUCCUCUGGGACAAGAAGACCUCGGCGAUCGUGAACAACGAGAGCUCGGAGAUCAUCCGGAUGUUCAACACCGCGUUCAAUGACCAGCUCCCCUCGGACAAGGCCGCGAUCGACCUCUACCCGGAGGCGCUCCGCGGGGAGAUCGACGGGAUUAACGAGUGGGUGUACGACACCGUCAACAACGGCGUGUACAAGUCCGGCUUCGCGACAUCACAGAAGGCAUACGAGGCCGCGGUCGUCCCCCUGUUCGAGUCGCUCGACCGGCUCGAGAAGAUCCUCACUGGCAAGGACUACCUCGUCGGCGACCAGCUCACAGAGGCAGAUAUUCGCCUCUUUGUGACCAUCGUGCGCUUCGACCCCGUCUACGUCGGCCACUUCAAGUGCAACAUCCGCACCAUCCGCGAUGGCUACCCUGCGAUUGACCUGUGGAUGCGGAAGCUGUACUGGAACAACUCCGCGUUCUCGUCGACGUGCAACUUUGAGCACAUCAAGACGCAUUACUACUGGUCGCAUCCCCAGAUUAACCCGCACCGCGUCGUGCCCGUGGGCCCGAUCCCGAACAUUCUUCCUCUGUAAAGGGCGUUCUCGCAUGGAAUAUGGAGCGCGUUAAGCAAGCAUUACAGAAUCACCUUAUCAGACUCAAGAGUGUACAAUAGUCGCGCAGAAGGCUGACGCAUAAAGCGAUGUAUCAUACAACUUCCACAUGGUUGAACAUGGGGUUAUCCGGAUGCCAAAUGAC